CAGAGACGUCGCACGCACUGACAGUUGCGCCAAGAUGCAGAUACAACAUCGUGUUGCUUAUGAUGACCUGACGCUUGAGCUCCGAGACGGUUGAUACAACAGUAGUCUUCAGCGCAUCGCAGAAUGUCAGCGUCCGGGUCCAAUACGUCCGGUAUUCUUCAAAUGGACGACAAAUGUAAGCAACGUAAAUUUCUUUCUCUUCUUUUUUAUCAAGCUGUGCGGGACCAUAAACCUGUGUGGCUACUUGAGGAUAUGCGCACAAUGGAGACGUUUUAUUGGGAAGAGAACACUAAACAACGGACUUACACUCCGUCAGAGGCAUUGUUGUACGCAAUUGUGCAUGAUCACCAAGCUUACGCACAAUAUUUGCUUAGUCAUUACUCUGAUGGGGCCCUGGCCAUUCCCGGUGAGCGCUUUUGCUGCUGUCCAUCCUCGGCCCCGCAUUUGGCGAUGGCUGUCAGGUAUGACAGACGAGAUAUACUCGCGCUUAUACUACAGGUGACUCAUCGACUACCCAGCCUGCGGUCAUAUAUGAACCGAGGUGGAUGUUUCCAUGUGGAAGACGGUAAAACACCACUCCACCUUGCAUGUGAACUCUUGCGUUCGGAUGCGGUCGUACUUUUACUCGGCAAUGGAGCGUCACCUCAGGCCCAGGAUCACAACGGCAUGACGCCUCUUGACGUCAUCCUAGAGCAGCUCUGGAACUCAAAAGUGAAUACCGGGGCGAAAAAGAAUUGUCUCGAUAGACUGUUGAUGUUCAUGCCUGAACUUCGAUUCAAACUAAAGAGCUCACUAGAGAAAGACCCGCAGUGCUGGUCUAAAGUUCUGGGUGAGGAUAAAUUUAACUACCUCAUUGGAAAAAUUCCGGCGUCCCUGUUUCUUAUAGCUAUGCAAAGAAUACUUUCGCAACUCCCCCCCGAACAGUUCCCUAACAGUCUAGACAAGCUUCCAAUUCCGGCCUCUUUGAAGCCCCUUCCACAGCCGUUCAAACAACGCGACCGCUGGACAGCGGCCUAACUAUUUUUAGGAUAUCUGCAAAGUAUUAAUGUUUAUUAGAAUGUAUCUGACUGUUUGGCAUGAAUUUUGUGUCUGUAAGUGUGUGCGUGUGUUUGCGUGUUUAAUGAAAUGGUUAAUGAAGCGGAAAACCAUUAACUACGGUAAAGCUAAACCAAAAUUAGCAAUAUUGUCUUCCUGUUUUCUUAUAUAGGGUUAGAUGAAAUAAUGCAGGCAAUUUUAAAAAUGAAAUUAAGAGAUAAUUUGAAACUAAUUUAAAUGUAAAACUAGAAAUAUAAUUAUUACUGGUUAUUUAAUUGUAAUACAAAAUAGUUUGUAGUUGUAACUUCCUUUAUUUAUUGUAUUUUAUUUGAUUUUAAAAAUUGUAUUUAUUUAUUUAUUUUUGAGAAAACAACAGAAAGCCUCAUGUGGAUUACUGCUUAUUGUUCAAUUAUGCAUGUGGGGGUGUUCUUCUUGAAGAAUGACCCACUCUCUCUCUCUAAACUGUGAAUAACAACUUUCUGGUAUGGGCUGAAACUGAACUAAAGACAAUGCAGUAUAAUGCCUCAUUACUGAUUAACUGGAAGAUCUGUUUGUUUUUGUCUAACCCAUGUAGGGCGAUAUGCUCUUAAUACCAGAAAAAUACAAUUAGCAUACAAUUCAAAUCACUGUUUGUUCUUGAAAAUUAUUCUACAUAAAAUAUGCAAAAAUCAA